AGAAGAGGGAGGGUUAAGAAAAGAGAGGUGUGAGUAAGGAAACAGAGCAGAAAGGAGGAGGAGAGAAGAGAGGAAGGAGUGAAAUUAAAAAAUAACAGAAUAACAGAAAAUAAGAGAGUGAACAGAGAGCAAGCAAAGACCUGAUGAGGAGAGGAUGCUCCUGCAGCCUGACUUCUGAGGAGUUUGGGACAUGACUGAGAUGCAGCAUCCCACCAUCUGAGCCUGAGCAGCCCCUGUUUGCGUGCACGUGAGAGCGCGUGUGUUAAUGUGUGUGUGAAGCCAUGGCGAGCGCUCAGCCGGGGGUCCAUGCGCUGAAACUCCAGCCUCCCUCCGUCUCUCACACACUGAGGAACGGAAGCAACUUCAUCAAAUGGGAUGAGGAUCUGUCUACUGUCAGCCCAGUGACUCUGCAUGUGGAUUCGCAUGGAUUUUACCUCUACUGGACUGACCAAAAUAAGGAUACAGAAUUAUUGGAUCUGACCCUCGUAAAAGAUGUCAGGACAGGCAGAAGCACCAAAACACCCAAGGAGGCCAAGCUGCGGGAGCUGCUCGAUGUGGGGAACCUGGUUGGUCGGCUGGAGAACCGCAUGGUUACCGUGGUUACGGCUUCAGAUCUUGUAAACGUCAACCAGCUCAACUUCAUCGCUUCGCAGGAGGACGAAGCCAAGGUGUGGUGUGAGGAACUGUUUUCUUUGUCUUCCAACCUGCUGAGCCACAAUCUCAACAGAGACCACACUCUGCUGAAAGCCUAUGUGAGGUUAACUCUUCAGCCAAAUGCCGAGGGAAGGAUUCCCGUGAAGAACAUUGUUCGGCUGUUCUCGUCGGACAGAAAGAGAGUGGAGAACGCGCUGGAGAACUGCAAACUGCCCUACGGACGGGGCGAGAGCAUCAAACUGGAGGACUUUACACUCGAGGUUUACCGGAACUUCUUGGAGAGUCUGUGUCCCCGUCCCGAGCUCGGCAGCAUCUUCAAACUGCAAGGAGGGGAUGACGGGGCGCUGUCCGUCGAUCAGAUGACAGAGUUCAUCAACAACAAACAGAGAGACCCGAGGCUCAACGAGAUCCUCUACCCUCCUCUGCGUCCAGCGCAGACACACGCUCUGAUGGAGCGGUACCAACAUGACCAGGCACAACUGAAGCAAGGGGCGAUCUCUCUCCAGGCGUUCUCCAGCUAUCUGUCCAGCGAUGAGAACGGAGUCAUUCCGCCAGAAAAACUGGAUCAGUCAGAGGACAUGAGCUACCCUCUGUCCCACUAUUUCAUCAACUCGUCGCACAAUACGUACCUGACAGCGGGCCAGCUGGCAGGAAGCUCCUCUGUGGAGAUGUACAGGCAGGUCCUGCUAGCGGGGUGUCGCUGUGUCGAAUUAGACGUGUGGAAAGGACGGACUGCAGAGGAGGAACCCGUCAUCACUCACGGAUUCACCAUGACGUCAGAAAUCUCCUUUAAGGAGGUGAUUGAAGCCAUCGCGGAGUGUGCAUUCAAGACCUCGCCUUUCCCCGUCAUACUCUCUUUCGAAAACCACGUAGACUCAUUGAAGCAGCAGGCCAAAAUGGCUGAAUAUUGUCGAUCCAUUUUCGGAGAAGCUCUGUUGAUUGACCCUCUGGACAAAUACCCUCUGGAGUCAGGCGUCCCGCUGCCCAGUCCUCAGGAGCUGAUGGGCAAAAUCCUCAUCAAAAACAAGAAAUCCCACAAACCCUCCAAUAACACAGACACCAAGAAACUGAUGGACCAACCUGCCAAUCAGAGCAACGAACCGGCGUCUCCUAGCAACAACACAGGAGAGAUGGAGGCUGAGAGUGAGGAAGACGAUGAUGAUGACGAUGAUGAUGGUAAAAAGGGCUCAGCGGAGCGAGAGGCAGUGGCUGCAGAGGAAAUGUCCACUCUCGUAAACUACGUCCAGCCGACCAAGUUCAACUCCUUCGAAGCCUCCAAGAAGGCAGCCCGCUGUUACCACAUGUCAUCUUUUGUGGAAACCAAAGCUUUGGAGCACCUCACAAAGUCACCAGUGGAGUUUGUAGAAUAUAAUAAAUCCCAGUUGAGUCGCAUCUACCCAAAAGGUACCAGAGUGGACUCGUCAAACUUUAUGCCUCAGCUCUUCUGGAACGCUGGAUGUCAGCUGGUGGCUCUCAACUACCAAACUAUUGACUUGUCCAUGCAGCUGAACCUCUUCACGUUUGAGUACAACGGUCGGAGCGGCUACAGGCUGAAGCCCGAGUUCAUGAGACGUCCGGACAAACACUUCGACCCUUUUACAGAAAACACAGUGGACGGCAUCGUAGCGAACACCCUCUCUGUGAAGGUGAUUUCAGGCCAAUUUCUGACCGAGCGCAGGGUGGGUGUGUACGUGGAGGUGGAGAUGUUUGGCCUUCCCGUAGACACCAGGAGGAAAGCUCUUAAAACUAAAACGUCUCAGAACAACAACGCCGUCAACCCCGUGUGGGACGAGGAGCCAAUCGUCUUCAAAAAGGUGAUUCUUCCAACUCUGGCCUCUCUGAGAAUCGCUGCUUUUGAGGAGGGAGGGAAGUUUAUUGGUCAUCGAAUUAUCCCAGUGUCUGCUAUUAGACCAGGCUAUCGUUACAUCAGCUUGAGGAACGAGAAGAACCAGUCUUUGAUUCUACCGGCAGUCUUCGUCUACAUUGUAGUCAAAGACUACGUCCCGGACACGUUUGCAGAUGUGAUAGAAGCUCUGUCCAACCCUAUUCGAUAUGUCAAUCUGCUGGAGCAGAGAUCUAAACAGCUGGCGGCUCUGACCCUGGAGGACGGUGAGGAGGACACGCAGACUGAGGAGGAGACUGAAAGCUGCGCAGAGCGUAAGAGCGAUCUGAAAUCAGCUCCCCUGGAGAACGGACUCAGCCCUGCGCCUGGGCCAGCGGGUCACACCCCUGUUGCCACGACGCCCAAGGCUUCUGCAGCCAACCAGCAAGCAGCUACGACAGAAGCAGCCAAACCAGCAGCAAAGACUGAAGACCUGGUUUUGAGUAUUUUAAUUGAUGUUCCAGUGUGCACCAUGGAGAGUCUGCAGCAGUCCAAGGUUUACCAGAAAGAGCAGAGACGUCAGUUCAAGGAGCUGAAGGAGCUGGUGAGGAGGCACCAGAAGAAAACCUCUGAGCUCCUCCGAGAGUUGAACAACAAAUACAAGAAGACAGCCCGACAGUGCAGCAAGAGCAGGAGUUCGUGCUCGGACAGCGAGAAAGACGAGCGUCUCCAGCAGCUGAGAGACGAGCAGCAGCAGCAGCUUCUGGCUCUGAGACAGGAACAGUACUACAGUCAGAAAUAUCUACAGAAGGAACAUAUUAAAACGCUGACAGAACGACUGAGCAGCCUGGCUGAGGAGAGUCACAACGCCCAGAUGAAGAAACUUAAAGACAUCUGUGAUAAGGAGAAAAAAGAGCUGAAAAGACAGAUGGAUCGAAGGAGAACGGAAAAAAUCAACCAAGCGAAGACCAAAGAGAAACAUCUGGCUGAGGAGGAGAAGAUAGAGAUCAACAAGUCCUAUGUCAAUGAAGUCGUCCAGAACAUAAAGCGGCUCGAGGAGACUCAGGCGAAGCGCCAGGAGCAGCUGGUGGAGCAGCACAAUGAUCUCCUGCAGGAGAUACAAGACCAGAAACCAAAGCUGCAGGGAGCUGUGGAGGCAGAGUUUCAGGAGAAGUUCGAUCGGUUGCCCGGAGAGAUUCGCGACUUCCUGCAGGACAGGAAGCUGGAGGUCAGAGGUCACAGCAAGUCCCGACCGUCGACCCCACAUGAAGCUCUGUCAGGGGAGGACUGAGGAGAGAGGUGCAUCAAGAAGUAUAAUGUCAGCUGUGGAAAGGAGGAAAUGAGAAGGAAGCGGGGAGGUUUGAAGGGAGUAAAAGACUGUUAUUUUCCUUUUUAAUGGAAGAAUGCUUUAACUGUUUAUUUUAUUUUUUUAUUCCACUAUAGCAUGCACUUUGCUGUACUUCAGCGUUUAAUCACAGCCCAUUUAGUCUCAUUUUCUGUCAUUGGUUACAGAAACCUAAGAGUUCGUUCUGCAUGACAACCCCUAUCUAUCUAUCUAUCUAUCUAUCUAUCUAUCUAUCUAUCUAUCUAUCUAUCUAUCUAUCUAUCUAUCUAUCUAUCUAUCUAUCUAUCUAUCUAUCUAUCUAUCUAUCUGACUGUAUCUCAUACACACACAUAGACACUACACAGUCAACGCACAUUUUUCUCAACAAAUUCUAAACAACUAUUCCUUUGACACAUAUUUCCCGCUGGGUGAAAUGGCCUCAGAGCAGCUCCACUGGAGCAGCUGGGGGUUAAUGACUUUGCUCAGGGGCACCUCACUGGUGGUUAACGAGGCAAAGUCUCCCCCCAGUCUUAAAAUCAAGUAAAGUUCCAACUAAUGCUGCUUACAGGCCGUACUGGCUACCAUGUACUUUUAAUGCACACACAUCUGUCCAUUUGGGAAACCUUACUCAUAUAAACUAACUUUAAAAAGCCUAAAAAAGUCUUUUAAUACUCACUAACCUCUUAGGGAAAUGUCAGAGAACUACGGUUUGCACUUUAAAUCAGAAAAUAUAAGUGGUAAAACUCUUUAAUUGUGCACUUGUUUCCACUCAUUACUGGGUCAAGGUGUAAUGUGUGAUUCUAUUAAUUACCAAACAACAGUAGCAUCAACUUAUAUCUUCACAUGUCUGUAAUUUAGAGGUUGCUUAUAAUUUUUACACAUGAUUGUGGACUCCUAAGUUUUUCUUAAGGAUCAACAACAAAAACUUCACACACUUGACGAAAGAGAUAAACUUCAUUUUCAACCUUAUGGCUAAAUCUGAAAUUUCAAACAGUCAAGCAGUGUGGACAGUGGGGAAAUGUGCUCAUGAUGCAUUUCAAAAUCAGCUAUAAGCUGAGAUUUAUUAUAUUUAUUUAUUUAUUUAUUUUAGUGUCAUGAUUUUAUGUUGCUCCCGCAUCUAAUGUCAUGUAAUAACUCUAGAGCAUAUUAUCAGGCUCAUUGUGUGUGUGCGAGAGAGAGAGUGUUGUCCACAUUAAGACCUGAGCAGGAGUAAAACCCAUAUCCAGAACACUAAAGAGGCUCUUGACACACUUGGUUUGGAGUAAAUAAAGAAGCAAAAAAAGAAGGAUGUUAAGAACUUCUGUUUCCUGUAUUUCAUGCUGGAAGACGCUUUGAUCAUUUAGGUCCUGUUUAGGUACUCUGAUCUAUUAGAUGCUUCUUUAUUUACAGACUCAUUCAUGAGAUUUUUGAGAGAAGGUUUCUGGUGAGUGGUUGAAAAUCACAGAGACGUUAAAGGGACGGAGUAAGAAAGAUUUUGGGAUUGACUCAUAUCUAAUUUCUGUGUUUCUGACUAAUGGCAGCAACAGUCACAAAUGAUCCGGCCGUCAGAAAGGCCUCAACGUGUGCUGCCACUGCAUGAUCUAUUUGUUUUGAUGUGAAAGUACACAGUCAUCACCCUGAUUUAUUGGUUGUUACUUAAGCAGCAAGAACUUCUUCAAAUGUUUUACUCUGUUGUAAAAAUGUAAAAUGAAUGGAGCCCGUCACUCUUUGUACAGUGAUCUUCCAGAAUUUGUUGGAACAUUUUCCACGAUGUGUUUUUCCUCUGGACUUAUUCCUCUAACGCCAAAGCUGCGUUCAACAACCCUCUUUUUUUCUGCUGGGAACCAUUUUCUUCAAAUUCAAGCCGCUGUUGAUUUAGUCUGGACCCAAAUUCUUAAAGGUAGCCUGUAGUUUUUAACGGCAAUAAAUUGGCUCAUUGCUUCAUGCUAAGACCUGAGUACCUCAUUAUUCACUAAAUUAUCUGAUAAAUCACUUCUGCAAAGUGGCUGAAGUUCUCUAGCGAAAUGCCUUGUUGAACGCACCCUGGCUUUAGUGGUUAUACUGAGCAUGCUUUAUUGUCUUGGAUUUCUCCACCAGUUGAAUUCUUGGUUUUAAUGAAUGCUAUUUUAAGACAAGGACUAUUAAAACAUUUGAUCUAAA